CGGAGUCCAGACACCGCCCUGUUGACUUCACCUCCGCCUCUCUUGUCCGGGCUGCAGUUGAAGUUGAAGCCCUAGAAGACGAAGAAUUAGAAGCGGAGCCAUUCGUCGGGCGAAUGUCGAGAACCUUCCAUCAUACCCCUCCGCCACCGCCGCCUCAUGAACCACGGAUGGCGCCGCCUCCGCCGCCGAACUCGGUGCCCGCAGCCGAGGGCUCCUCGGGUGGUGCUGGGGUCGCGGCGGCUGCGACCCUUCUGGUCCGGCAUCUACCGGAAGCGAUGCCUUUUGACGUGCUUUCUCGCCUCUUUUCUCACUACGGCGCUUCCUCCGUCCGCCCUUGCGCUGGUGGGAGGCUAAGGAAUUGCACUUUUGUGGAUUUCAAGGACGAAGCACUGGCUGCUCAAGCACAAUCACAAUUGAACAGGUUGAGAUUCCUUGGAAAAGUCUUAACAGUCGAGAGAGCAGGCAGGGCUAAUUUGAAGAAUACCGAUCAACAAAAUGAAUGUCAGUCAGCAAAGGAUUCAGCAUCUGCAAAAACAUCCCAUCUAAAUGAAUCUUUGGUAACACAGAAGAACUCAUCUACUGGUGAACCGAUUGCUCCUAGGCUGGGUGUGGAUUAUCCUUUUCCACCAAAUCUCGAGUAUGCAUAUCCACCACCUGACGGGAAUAUAUUGACCAAUAUGGUCAACGCCCUUAUUGCUGUUCCUCGUUUUUAUAUUCAGGUUUUGCAUUUGAUGAACAAAAUGAAUAUUCCAGCUCCAUUUCGCAUGGCAUUGCCUACUCCACCCUUACCACCCCCAGUUCCUGCUGCUGCUCCUCCACCACCUCCACCGCCUCCUACUACAACAUCGACAAAACCAAAUCUGAAUGAUCUCUCCAGUGAUGAGUCUGAGAUGGAAUCAUCAGAAGAAGAUGCUGAGAGUGGUCGCAAUCGAAAGCGUAUGAGACGAGAAGUAAUUGUUGGUCCUGCAGUUGAUAAAGGUGUAGCACAUGAAGACGUUGGAUUAAAACCCGUUUCCUUGGUUCCAGUUAUUAGAAAGAAAAAUCCUGUUUUACAGAUUAAGGUUACCCCUAAGCCAACAACUAAGGAGACUACAGAUUAUAGUGGCAGCACAAAGGAACCAGACUCAGCUAAUCAGGUUUUGGAGCAAAAAGUUUUUGCAUUACCACAAGAGAUAGAGAGUGGGAAAUUGCCUCCAGAGGAGAUAUUAUCUCUUCCCAUGUUCAAGAACUAUUCUCCUGGUAAUCCUGCAAAUGUCUUGUACAUCAAAAACUUGUCAAAAGAUGUGGUUGUUGAUGACUUCUACUAUAUAUUUGGGUCACUUUUUGAAAGUAUUGAAGCUGCUAGAGCUGGUCUCAAUAUUAAGUUAAUGCAGGAAGGGCGAAUGAGGGGUCAAGCAUUCGUGACAUUUCCAUCUGUAGAUCUUGCUCAGAAUGCAUUGAAUCUAGUUAAUGGAUACAUGUUCAAAGGAAAACCAAUAAUCAUUCAGUUUGGUCGUAAUCCUGCUGCUGGCAAAGGAAAUUAAGUCAAAGCACUACAUGAGGGUUCCACUUUGCAUUCUAGCACAAUCUCAAUACUGUUAUAGGAGAGCUGCUGAAGGAUGAAAUGUUAUUGAACUUAAUAUUCAUUAAACAUGCUCAAUGGUCAGGUGGUUGUUGAAGGUUGGUUAUCUUAUUUUUUCUUAGAACUGGCUAAGAGAAAAUACUGCUGUAUUGCUGUGUCAUUAUUUUUGCUACAUGUGUUUUUGAGCUCCAUCUAUUUCUAGUCCUACCAGCAGAUGUUUAAAAAUGAAUCACUAGCGUAACCAGUAGACUCCAUUUGAAACUUGUGACAACCACUCCGAUCUUUCAUACAUGCUGGUUCUUUGAUGGUAAUUUCUGCAGACCGGUUCUGUGGCAGCUGACAUGAGACCUAGAUCUGAAUGUCACAUAGAUAUGUUCUUGACAUGGAAUUUUGCUAGGUCGAGCAAUUUGAUGGCUCAGGUUUGUACUGCUAGCGCAUACAGUCUUUGCCAACUUGAAGUUAUAAACUGAUGGCAUAUACGUUUCCUAGCGUGGAGCUUUGCACUUGUUUCAAUUCUUCCACAUGCUCUGACUAACUGUAUCUGGCAAUCAACUAUUACACCACUCUGAUCUUUCAUAUGUGCUGGUUCUUUGGUGCUAGUGUGCAGACCAGUUCUGCAGUAGUUGAUAGAAGAUCUAGAGGCGAAUGUCCUUGGCAUGGCAUUGUCCCAAGUGCGAGCACUUUGAUGACUCAAGAGUAGCACCAUUAGCACAUUUGAGUCUUAACAUGAAGUCUAGAGCAAUGGGCAUAAUCAUUUUCUGUCAUGGAGCUUUUGUACUCACUUGGACCUGUCCUCGUAGAGUCCUUCCACUUGCUUUGACUAACCAGAAUUAUCCAUGGUUGCAUAUUGUAGUUACUCAACUCACGACAGUCUGCUUAAUAUAAGAUUAGACUUCCUACCUUAGAGUGCAAUAUGCUAGAGGCUAUUCAUUUUGUCUAGUAGUCUUGCUUCAGAUCUGUGCUUCUUUUCCUGGUAUCUCUGAACAGUAUAUUUCAUCACUUCCCAACUUUAGUAAUUGGAAGUUGGAAUUGACUAGAUCUCCUUUUGACUUGUCUUUGAAAAAGAGAAUUUGGAAUUUGGAGACGAUCUGAACAAUUCGAGCAUUUAGGAAAAUUCUUGUGGGCUGAUCCCAAAGAAGGCAUUGCACAAACUGCACCUGUUUUCACAAGUCAAAUUUUGUAAAAGAAAAUAGUCAUCCGAGUGUUGCUGUGCCAACUACAUUGCAGCCCUGGGGGGCUCAUCAUGUUCUUUUCUUAGGUUGACAGAAUAAUUGGAAUACAGAAGGAAAAGAUGCACAUUGGAAUUAUCUGCUCUAUCAGGAAGAUGGUCUUCGUGUAGAUAAAUCAUAUCAAGUUCGUUACUAAUCUCGCAAGCUGAGUGGAUUAUUUGUGUGGCUUCCUUCCUAAUGUGUUACCAACUGACAGCAAACUGUAACUUAUUUUGUAGGCAGUACCAGUCGAGUUUCUUGAUGGGAAAGUCAUAUCCUUGCUAGCGUACAUUAUGUUGGUAGUGAACCUACAAGGAGUAAUUUUCUCUGGGCUGUAUUUUUUUUAGGUUCACUAGGAUUCUUAGAGGUUGGAACUAACAGGUAUCUUUCUAUGGGAUCACCGGUCAAUCUAUUUGUGGUGCAAGAUUUCAUAGAAAAGGAAUAGUGUGUACUCUCCUUCAUAUAGUAAUCAAAGGCCAAGGAGUGGUUCUCUCGACUCGUACUGAUGAGAAUUUUACUCCAUGAGAAAUCGUCUCACGGAACAAAUUGG